ACUUAAUCACAGUCCACAAGCAAAAGAGAAAACCGCUAUAUUUAUCAAAAAAAUAAAAAACCCGAAGCGCGAUAGAAAGAAAGCGAUUUUCAGUGUUUUUCUGAUUUUUUGUUAAUCGAAAAAAAAACCUCGCCGCUAAAGCGAUACAAAGUGCGGCAAAAUUUUCGGAAUGGGGAGUGAAACUAAUAAUGCUCGUAGUGGAAAGACGGCGGCGAUAGACGUUGUUGCGACGGUGAAAGAGAUCGUUAACUGUACGGAACAAGAGAUCUACGACGUUCUUAAGGACUGUGAUAUGGACCCUAACCUCGCCGUCGAGAAGCUUCUCGCUCAAGAUACGUUUCGUGAGGUUAGAAGCAAACGUGAAAAAAGAAAAGAGAUGAAGGAGGCGGUGGAUUCAAGGACGAGGGGAAAUAGUACGGGGUUGAGUAGGGGAGGCAAGAUUGGCAUUGGCAAUGAUCCUGGUGUUCUGCAAAAUGGAUUUCAUCAUGUGGCUUAUAAGGAAAACGGUAAAGCGGUUGACAAGCAAGAUGUUGGGUCAGUUUGUGCUACGGUUAUGUCUUCCACAACUCAUGUUGCGGGGAAAAGUACUAAAGCUGAUUCUUUAUAUACUGAUAAUGGAAGACAGUCAUUAGGAACAGGUGUCUCCAUAUCAGAUACUGCCCAAGUGUCUCCAGCACCUCUACCCUGGUCGGUAGGAGCGAGCAAAGGACAUCUUUCAAUGGCAGACAUUGUAAGAAUGGGCACAACAUCUCAAGAUGCUGUUUCACAUGACCAUUGUAAUUCCAUAGGAGUUUCAUCAUUCUCUGGAAAUUCAGAGUCUAGCUUGAGUCUUCCCUGUCAAAAUAAUUCUGAGCAACAAAGUUUUCAUGAUGAGUGGCCUGUAAUUGAACAGCCAAUAUCUGGAAACGCACAAACACUAAACUGGCAUGAUACUGAAGUAAGUUUACACAGGAACUGUGAAUUAGAUGCAGCCCAAGUUUCACGGGAGGAGAUUGCUCGUGAUAAUGCUAUUUCUGAAAAGAUUGAAUCUGCUUCUAUAUCGGACCACACUGAACUAGGACCACAUUCCAACUCUAAUUUAAAGAAUACUCUUACCUCCGAUUUUUCUAGUUCUUAUGAGCAUCAUGAAGGUGUGUCAUCUGCUACUUUGGAUCUUCAGCGGCUAAAUAUGAAAGAGUCCAACCUAGAAGCGCCAUCAUCUGACGAUAUAGUGGUUCUUCCAAAUCACUUACAAGCCUUGGCUGCUGAGUGUUCACAUCUGAGUUUUGGCACAUACAAAGGUGGCAACAAUUCUGCAUCUUCUGAGGCUUUCACACCUAAUAAUCUUUCUAGAGAUGGCUUGGAGAUGAAUUCUGCAACUGCAGAUGACUCCUUGGCUCAGUUCUUGGAUCCCAGUUCUCUAAACCUUGGAGAUCAGCUUGGGUUUGACAUUCUUAGAGGAACAUCUGGCGAUCAAAAUUAUGGCCUCCAUUCAACUCUUGGGCAUGAAUACAACACUACAGCAUCUAUAUCAGAUCCUAGUUUGCAAAGGUCCCAAUGGAUGGCUCCAUCACUGCCUUUGAAGCAGCCAGGCUUGCCAAGUGGAAACCAUUCUUCAUUUCCAGGAGAACAGCAUAAUAGUUCAAAUGCGGUACCUCAAGAUUUGUUGGCAUUUCUCCUAGCAGAAUCACAUCGUUCAAAACACAAUGCGGAACCAUCCAUAAACAAUUUCCCCCCCUCCAUGUCUGGGGUAUCCAGGGACAUAGAACCAGGCAACUUUGCUUUGCAUAACAGAUCGUCACUUACCCAGGGUUUUACAGUGCAGCCCAACAAUUACUUUCAACAAUCGCGAGAAGCAUAUUAUGGCCUACCUCAGAAUCAGUCAUAUAUGGCAACCAUUGAUUCACAGAGAGCAUUUUCAGACAACACUGCAUACAGUGGAUCUCAUACAAACAUGAAUUACAACAGCCUUCCCCAAAAUAGAAAUGAAUUCUUCACGAGUAGAUUGCAUCCAUCCACUGUCAGUGAUGCACCUGGUUAUGGAAAUCUCGAUUCUUCCUUUUAUCAUCCUGGAAGCUUUCAGUCUAAUGCAUCUCUUGGUAAUAUGAAACCUUCGAGUAACUUCAACGAGAUUUUAACUAAUCAAUAUUAUGGUGGACAUAACUUGAGCUCUAUUCACCCGCAUGAUAGCUUUUCUCAACGGGAUUACGAGACGAGGUUAAGAUCUUCAUAUGUACCGGAGAAAACCCAAUAUACCUUCACAGACCAACCGAGUCAGGCUUCCCUGUCACAGUAUGCAAGUCAUGAAUAUUCUGAUUUCUAUCCUUCUUGGAGCCAAAUUCCGGAAGAACACAAGCAGUCAGGUAGUGUUCAAGAUUUGCUGCCCAAAAAAUUGCAUCAAUUUUGGCCGCAUAACCACUAACAGCACAGUCCUGUUUGUUUUUUCUCCCCCUUUUUUUAUCACUAGGAUUUUUAGUAGCAGGUUUAGGUGAAAUAGGGUGUUAUUACAUUUCAUUUGAUGCUCGAGCCUUAUUCAAUUGUACAUACUUUAAAGAGAAUGAACUCCAUGCAGUUGUGGCAUUUGCAUUUUUUUAUAUUCAAUUGGGGGUAUUUUUUGGUCACACUUUAUAGCUAGAUUAAUGUAGUUUCUCAUCAGAAUUGCAAUUCUCACAAAUUUCAAGCACAAACUAUCUGUAGUAAUGAGAUUGUGCUAGAAUUGGACCCAUUCAAUUCUCAAAAUUAUUUUAACAUUACUUUCCGUCA